UGUUCAUGUUGUCGUAUAGUCAACACCCGGUUAAGUUUGCUGUGUAAAAAAUAUUUAGCACAAAUUGUUGAGUUGGAGUCGGAAAAUAAACAAAUUAGUUGCAAAUAUAAAAGUGUAACAUGACCAGCCUUAUUAAAAACGAAUGUUUUAUAAAUGGAGUUCAGUAUAAAUGUCGCACUUGCUUUGAUCCAGGACAAACAGUCUAUCCCCUUACAGAUGAGGCCAACAGCACAAAAACCUGGCGUGAUUUGUUAAAGGAUGUUGCUCCUUUGCAGACAAAUGACGACAGUUUACUUCCAAGUACCAUGUGCUGCAUAUGCUCGGAGAAACUUCAAAGCUCCUACGAUUUUAUACUACAGAUUCAUAAUGUGAAUAACAAAUACUCAAAAUUAUUGGAAGAAUGUAAUGAAAUGUAUACUUCUACCGAUUGCUUGGCAGAAUCUACCAUUGACUUGCCAUUGAAAGUGGUUAUGCCGGAAAUUAAGUUGGAGGACGAACUGGUUAAUCCAUAUGAAAUGGUUUUAAAUAACAAUGAAUUGGGUGAAAUUCCUGCAACAAUAUUUAAAAAUGAAGACACUGAUGAUGAUGAUGAUGAUCCCUUUACGGAUACUUAUAAUGACGACCACGAUUCAACUUCAGACCAAUUGGAGGAAAGUGGAGCAACAGCCGAAGAAAAAACAACAAAAACAGAUGUUAAACAACCAGAAGAAGGUGAAGACUUGCUCCGCAAUCGUAAAAUACUUACUAGAAAAGCUAAACAUCAACAACCAAUUACUACAACAAAUACAACUGUGAAAAUUUCACACGCUGAGAUAAUGAAAAAUAUUGAAAAUGUUGGAAAAGAUUCCAUCGUUUGCGAACUAUGUUCGAAAGUAUAUGCUACUAAGUCUAAAUUUAAAAGACAUCUACAAAGAGUACAUCCGCCAGAUGAUGUAGAAGGACCAAUUACUUGUGAAACAUGUUCGAAAACAUUUGCCACUACAUAUAAACUUAAAAGACACCAACAAAGAAUGCAUCCAGAGAUAUAUAAAACAGCUAACAAACCGAGGACUAUACAUAAUGACGUAAAAGGACCAGUUGAUUGCGUAAAAUGUUCCAAGACAUAUGAUAAUAGGCUCAAAUUUAGAAGACACCAAAGAAGAGUACAUCCAGAGGAAUUUGUAAAUGAAGAGAUUGUUUGUGAAAAAUGUUCGAAAUCAUUCGAGAAUAUGUACAAAUUUAGAAGACACCACCAAAGAGUGCAUCCAGAACCGAAUCAAGAGAUCAACACGUGUCCGCUAUGCUCAAAAGAAUUUAAAAAUAAAUUCUAUGUAAACGAACACAUAAAAGUUGUACAUGAUAAAAUAAAGCCGUAUAAUUGUUCGCAUUGCCCAAAAACGUUUGCAUCUGCCCAUUCCAAACGAAUUCAUGAACUUUCUCACACUGACGAUUUCCCCUAUGCCUGCGAAUGGUGCGAUAAACGUUAUCGAUUACCCAGUAAAUUAAAGAUUCAUACUGAAAUUCAUACAACCAAACCAGAACUUUUAUGUCCCAUCUGUAAAAGAAGCCAAAAGUCGGAAAAAGACUUGGAGGAUCAUGUGAAAAGUCACGACGACAAUCGUUUACAGUGUCCAUCGUGCGGCAACUUGUUUAGAAGAAAUUCACAACUUAAAGAUCACUACAAUGCAGUUCACUUAAAAUUGCGUCCCUAUAAAUGUGAAUUUUGUGAAUUAGGGUUUGGUGAUCGAAAAACACGACGUAUGCAUGAAAGAAAAUAUCAUCCGAAAGAACGACCUGUACCAACGUGACCCCCUUCCAAAAGUAAUUUAAAAACUUCUAUCUCCUUUAGCAUAGAUCACAGAGGGACGUAAAAGCAGAGAUAGAAAACAAGUAAAUAUAUAACCAUUUUAAUCCGUAAGUUGAAAAGAAUAACCUUUCUUUUAAUUUUGUAAAACAUACAUACGUACAUAAGAUAUGUAUAUAUCUGGGGUAUUUCAGUCUAGUGAAACAACUUUUGAAAAAAAAAAUCAAAAAUUAAAAAAUUGGCUAGAGAACAUAGAGCGGAAACUAGAAAAAAGCUCAAAAAAAAUUACUCAAAAUAAUUACACAUACAAGUGUAGUUUUUGUUUUCACAUAGUUUUUUUCUACUAAUACAUUCUCACCACUUAGGUUUCUGACAACUGAGUUAGGUCUUUUACAGGAGAGUUUCUGCUCUAUGUAUAUUCUCUAUGUAAAUAGCUAUCUAAAGUAUUUGGGUCACAUUUUGCUAAGAACAAUGGGACAAAAAUGUCAAAUUUUGACCUCCUCUAACUCAGAGAGUUCUUGACCUAUUUCCAUCCCGAUCGGAAGACAUCGAUUUCAAAUGUUGGUUCAUUUGACAUGAAAUCCCCCAUAUAUUACAAAUGUACAUCAUAUCCACAUAAAGUUACCGUUAUCUAAGUUCAAAAUUAAAAAUAUGAAUCUGCAAAGAGUUUCUAAAUACCACGAUGAACAGAAAUGCUGUCAGAACACAGAUGUUGAACAUACAUGCGGUUAGAAUCUCUAUAUUGAGAGAAAUGGUAAAUGGUUGCGGAAAAGAAAUUACAAUAUCUUAAAGGAUAUCGAAUAAAACUAUUGCUAUAAAAAUUGCACAUGUUUUAAGAACAAAAAUUACUCCUUGAUAUUUUUAAAUGUAUGCGAAGGGAAAGUAAUAUUUAAAAACAUUCCCUCCUAUCCGUAAAAAACAAUUUGGUUUAUUUAUUUAUAUGUAGUAUUUCUAAAGUAUAUAUGUAUACAGCAAAUAUUUGCGAACAUUUCAUUAAUAAAUAAAAGUAUGUAUGAAUGAAUUUAAAUUAAAUUAAAUUAAAAUUUA